AUGCAUUUAAAAAUUCGUGAAAAUAAUAUACUUUAUAUUAUAAUUGUAUAUUUUUAUAUUUCCGUGAUUUUGUUCAAUUUAAACGAAUUAAAGCAAAUUAAUCAAAAAGCUUCAUUUCUAAGAAUUAAGCCUAUUAACCGAACAGUUUUGAUCAAGAUGAUAACAGAUGUUCAACUGGCGGUUUUUUCGAAUUUAGUCGGUGUUUCAAUUUUUGCACUUGUCAUACUCUUUCAUUACGUUGUCGUCAACAAUCCUAAGCGUUCCAAGGAACAUUUGGGUGGAAAUUUGAAGCUUUUUAUACGAUCGAAUAUUUGCUAA